UCUUCUUCGUUUUGAUCAGAAAUCUCAAAUAGAGCUCCGAUUAGAAAUCCAAAAGAUAGAAGACGAUUAUCUGAUCAAAACCUAAAACCUUGGUUCGAUUUUGAUCGGAACUAUUUUUUAUCCCAACUCUCUCUGUCUCUCUCUCUCUCCAAUGGCAUGCUUCUUCUUCUUCUCUGUUUCUCUGCCCUCGCUUCGCAUCCAGAGCAAGACGAUGUUGUUUGGAUUUGAAAUCGAUUUCGAACUUGGAAAAUGUUGAAAAUGGAGCACGCGGUCGUUCCCCUGAGGAGGUGCUGGAGCACGUGUUCUCGUUCCUGCAGUCGGACGGCGACCGAAGCUCGACCUCGCUGGUGUGCAAGUGGGGGUAGAUUAUCGAGCGGUGAUCUGAAAAUUCAGAGCUUUGGUUUUUGCAUUAUCGGUAAUUUGUUAGUUACCUUCAGUAUGAUUAUACUAUGCUGGAGAACAAGCAAAAAGAGCUGAAGGGAUACAUAGCUUACUUCAGUCUGUGGAAACUUCCGUGAAUGCUUAUGAGGCUACUUUUGGAAGGAAUAAAGUUCAAACAAAUGCUCAAUGGCCAUGAAUGUGGGAGCCAAUCACAAAGCUGUUCAUCAUGAAGAUGGCAAAAAGAUAACCAGGUUUGGAUAUGAUAUUAUACGUUGAGAUCUCUCUUUUGCAUUCCUAACAAACCCAGUCUUUCACAUUUAUUUGUAAUGCUUCUAACUGAUGCGCUAUUUUAAAAGAAGGAAUCGAAUGACUUGGAGAGUAUGACCAUAGUUCAAUGUGAUGCUUUACUGGUUUUCUGAAACCUGUGGUUUGUGUUUUUGUACACUGUCUUCUAAUUGUUGAGUUAUUUAAGCAACUUGAAGCCUCCUAUAUGAAUUUCAAAACUUGGUCUGCAGAUGGGCAUGAAGGAAGAUAACAAUGAAGUCACUUUGAAGACGAGGAUUUUAUCUCUUGAGCUUCUGCAGGGUUUGUUGGAAGGAGUUGGUCAUCCAUUUACUAGGAACUUCCAUUUUAUUGAUUCACUGAAAGCAUACCUAUCAAUCUAUCAUAUGCUUUGUUGCUAGCUUCAAUUUCGCCGUCCCCUAUCAUAUUACAGUAUGCAACUAGAAUUUUGUUGCGGUUCAGAGAAAGUCUCAAGGAUGGUUGAAAAGGUUUGCAAGGAUCAUCAGAUGCUUGUUGACAUAUUUGUGAACUAUGACUGCGAUCUUGAGGCACUGAACUUGUUUGAGCGGAUGAAUAUCUCAAGGGAUGCAAAAUGCAGAUCCAAUAUGGCUGUUGUGUCCCAGACUACUUCAAUAAAGGGUUCGUCUCUUCUGUGUCUUGUGAAUGUGCUUAAAUCACUCGUAGAUUGGGAAAAGUCAUGUGGAGAAUCAGAUAGAAUAAAAACAUUCAGUCUUUGGAAGGAGAUGCUUCAACUAAAGAGUGUUGAUGUGAAAAGCAGGCAAGAUGCAACCAUUAACUUUGAGAAGGCAAAAGCUCAUAAGUCUACAGUGGAAUCUGCCAUAUUUGAGGUGGAAUAAAGUGAUGUUGUAUUACUAAUACUUUUGUAUCUCAAGUGCAUUUUUAUAAAUGGAAUAAAGAGAGAAAACACCAUAAUUUUGUUGGUGGUUAUAUACUUUUUUGUUUGACGUACAAUGAAUGUAAUGCAGUUGUUAGAACAUAUGUCUUACAG